UACGCAUUUGUGUUGCUGACCGUGUGCAGAACGCUUGUGAACGCUCAUUCUGCUGUGGGACUGAACACGGUGUGGCAAUGAGAGGCUCUGUCGCGCUUUCACUCUGCGUCCUGAUUCAGCUGAGUCUACAAAACACAGUGAAAGCAGAGGACGGACCUGUCCUGCAAACCAAACUUGGGGCCCUGAAGGGUGAAUAUGUGAAAGCGAAGGGAAAGGACACAGUUGUGCAUUCCUACCUGGGCCUUCCGUUCGCCAAGCCGCCUGUGGGCCCUUUGAGAUUUUCUCCUCCCCAGCCUGCAGAGAAAUGGGACGGAGUGAGAGACGCUGCAAAACAGCCGUUCAUGUGUCUGCAGGAAAAGCAGUUAAUUGAAGACUUGGCAGCCAAUGUGUCUAUGAAUGUUGAGGUUCCUGAGUCAUCAGAAGACUGCCUUUACCUCAACAUCUACACACCUUCUAAACCUGGAGCAAAUGAAAAGUUGCCUGUCAUGGUUUGGAUUCAUGGUGGAGGUUUUUCUUCGUGCUCUGCUUCCAUUUUUGACGGACAUGUUUUGGCUGCCUAUCAGGAUGUAGUUGUGGUUCUGAUUCAGUAUAGACUUGGCCUACUUGGAUUUUUCAGCACGGGAGAUGAACAUGCGCCAGGAAACUAUGGUCUUCUGGAUCAGGUAGCUGCUCUUCAGUGGGUUCAGGAGAACAUUCACAGCUUCGGUGGAGAUCCUGGAUCCGUGACCAUCUUUGGAGAGUCUGCCGGAGGAGUCAGUGUGUCUUUACAUGUUCUUUCUCCAUUAUCGGCAAACCUCUUCCAUCAUGCCAUCGCAGAGAGCGGUACGGCAGCAAUGGAUUCUAUACUGAAUCCCAACCCUCUGGCAUUAGCUCAGGCUGUUGGAAAUGUAUCUGGCUGUGAUAUUUCCAGCACAAAGAAGAUUGUUGACUGUGUGAUGCAGCUGACAGAAGAGGAUAUACUGAAGAUCGCUAUGGAGCAUCCAAUGGUUCGUUUUGGAGUGACGAUGGAUGGCCAGUUCAUUCCCAAACCUGUAGUAGAGCUUCUUCAAUCCCACGAGUUUAACAAAGUGCCUCUGAUCACCGGAAUCACUGAUGAUGAGUGGGGAUAUGUGAUGCCUAACUUCUUUUCACCUCCAGGAUGGACAGAUGGGAUGGACAUGGAGCAGAUCUUGCCUUUUUUGACCAUGUUUAAUCCUACUCUUCAAGAUCAGUUAGUUGCUGAGCUUGUUUUGAAUGAGUAUUUGGGCACAUCUCCUGACAGGACCAAAAUCCGAGAUGGUUUUCGAGAGAUAAUGGGGGACUUUAUGUUCAACAUCCCAGCUCGUAAACUGGCGAAUUACCACAGAGAUGCUGGUGCACCAGUAUACGUGUAUGAAUUCCAGCAUCCUCCCAGUAUACUUCAAAAGAAAAGACCCAGUUUUGUUGGAAGUGACCAUACAGAUGAAAUUGCAUUUGUUUUUGGUUCUUGCUUUGCAGAUGGACAUAUAAAGCUGAAAGAGGAACUCUCAGAAGAAGAGAAUGAACUUUGUAGAACUGUCAUGGCUUACUGGGGAAACUUUGCUCGCACUGGGUCUCCGAAUGGUCCGGGCCUCACAGAGUGGCCUGAAUUUGGAGCUGAGGCUGAGUAUCUCAGCAUUGGGCUGGAACAGAAACCUGGGAAAGACCUGAAGGGAAAACACUUCACUUUCAUGACUCAAACCCUUCCGCAGAUAAUAAAAGAGUGGAAGGAAGGACCUGUAGUUCAAACAAAAUUAGGAUCUCUGAGAGGUGCCUUCCUGACUGUGAAGGGCAAGGACACAAUCGUCAACAGCUAUUUAGGUGUACCGUUUGCCAAGCCCCCUGUGGGCCCCCUGAGACUGGUUCGGCCCCAGCCUGCAGAGAAAUGGGACGGAGUGAGAGAUGCGACCAAACAGCCACCCAUGUGCAUACAGGACAGGCAAAGUAGUGUCAUUGAACUUUUGUUUCUCGCUAUGGAUGUGGAGAUUCCCGAGGUCUCAGAGGACUGCUUGUAUCUCAACAUCUACACUCCAGUCAAACCUGGUGAAGAUGCCAAGCUACCAGUGAUGGUUUGGAUUCAUGGUGGAGGACUUUCUCUUGGUUCAGCUUCAGUGUACGAUGGCUCCGUUCUGUCGGCGUAUCAUGAUGUGGUUGUGGUGCUGAUUCAGUACAGAUUGGGUCUGCUGGGAUUCUUUAGCACGGGAGAUGAACAUGCGCCAGGAAACUAUGGUCUUCUGGAUCAGGUAGCUGCUCUUCAGUGGGUUCAGGAGAACAUUCACAGCUUCGGUGGAGAUCCUGGAUCCGUGACCAUCUUUGGAGAGUCUGCCGGAGGAAUAAGCGUAUCCACGCUGAUACUUUCCCCAUUGGCUUCUGGUCUGUUUCAUCGUGCCAUUGCAGAGAGCGGGACGGCCUUUUGGGAUGGUCUAGUGAUGGGUAAUCCUUUACUGAGGGCUCAGAACGCAGCCAAAUUAUGCAACUGCGACAGCAGCAGCUCAUCGAAGAUCGUCGACUGCAUCAUGCGCUGGUCUGAGGAGGAAGUUCUGGAAUGUUCCAAUCAGUUUGCAAUGAUGCACUUCAGUCUUGCUGUGGAUUCUUAUUUCCUUCCCAAACCUGUAGAGGAGAUCGUAAAGAAGCAAGAGUUCAGUAAAGUUCCUCUCAUUACUGGAAUUACCAAUGAUGAGUAUGGCUUUUUACUGCCCUCAUAUUUUGCGGGUAAAGGAUGGAUUGAUGGAGUGGAUAAAGACCAAGCCAUAAAAGACUUGACCCUUACAUAUCCUGAUCCCAGGGAUCGGUGGAUCGUUGAUCAGGUAGCGAACGAGUACCUGGGCGACACAAGCGACCCCAUUCAAAUCCGAGACAUUUAUCGAGAGAUGAUGGGGGACGUUAUGUUUAACAUCCCUACCAUCCAACUGGCAAAAUACCACAGAGCCUCAGGAGCGCCGGUUUACCUGUACGAGUUCCAGCAUCCUCCCAGUAUGAUCCAGAAGAACAGGCCCAGCUUUGUUGGUGUCGACCAUGCAGAUGAACUGUUCUUUAUCCAGGGCACCUGCUUCGCUAAAGCCCACCUCAAAGCAACCGCUCCUUUCACAAAGGAAGAGGAAGAGCUGUGCAGGACUGUGAUGGCCUACUGGGGGAACUUUGCACACACCGGGUCUCCAAAUGGUCCGGGCCUGACACACUGGCCUGAAUACGAGGAUGAGGCUGAGUAUCUCGGCAUUGGACUGGAACAGAAAGCUGGGAAGAACCUGAAGGGGAAACACUAUGCAUUCAUGACCAAGACGCUCCCAGAUCUCAUACGUCAAAGCCGAGAGAAAAGAGAGCGCUCAGAACUGUAAUCAGAUCAGAUAUUAACACAAAGCACUUGAAUAUAUGGAUGACACAAAAAAUUAACUGUGAUUCAAUGUAAGAAUUUAAUUAACUAACCUGAGAAAAUCAUGAGUAUUGAGUUUAUUUUGGUGUUAAAGUUCGAAUUUGAUAGAAAAUGUAUAAUUUGAUCAUAUGACAAAUAAAUGUCCAAGCAACUAAUGCUUCAUAGCAAAUUAGCUCAAGGGGAAAUGUAUAUAAAUAAUUAAAAUGAUAAUUAAUUACAAUAAUUUAUAUCAGCUGCCAGUAUAACUAUAGCAGAAUGAAUAUUACCAUCAACUAAUCUGUUCGCCCAGCGAACCUCCAGGGGGUCAUUGAGCCAAUGGUGACUUAAACUUUCGGAGGGACAGUUUACGACUCUUUUGUCUUCUAGCAUGGUGUUUUGCAUAUGUAACUGGAUUGGGUGUUGGUGCAAAACUAUUAAAGAUUCUUAUAACACUGAUAUGUUGCAUAGGUAUCAACAUAUAAUAUACACUCUCAUUUAGAUCAUCAAAGUACGAAUUCAGAGAUACCAAACAUGGUAUAGGUGAGGCUACAUUAUAGUGUUUCUUUCUAUCAUAAGCAUGCACAAUACAGUAUACACUACAAUACAAAAGACACUAUACAAGGACAGUAAUAAUACACACACACACUGUCCUGCAGAUAUGCAUGUCAUUCAUAGAAGGUUUUCUACGAGAGAAUGGGGAAGAGUCUGUUUUAUGAGCAUUAUGUGUCUUUCCUAUGUGGAAAUGAAGUGAGAGUUCCAUUCCUUUGAGCAAUAAAACCAGUGUUAUCAGAUGAUUUGUCAUUGCUUGUCAUGGUAACCAGAGGCCUGUUCUGCUUCAGGGGUUGUCCACAGAACUCUAACACAUAGUUUGGUUUUGAGUGAUGAUAAAUAUAAUGAAUAAUUGUGUGUUUGAUUGGUCCAAAUGCUACAGCACUUAGAAAUAAAAGUCGGAAAACAUUCAUGUUUUUCCUCCAUUUUAUUGAGAACAAACGAAGGCUAAAGCUGCAAACCUCCCUGAAUUUGAAUGCAACGGGGUGCAUACUAGUCAUGAAUUUGCGCUUUGAGAUUUUCAAACAGGCAAACUUACAUGGACGACAAUAAUUCAACUAUUGACAAUAUUAUGAUUGAGGAACUGACAAAUAAAUACUUUCCCCCCCCCCCCAAAUAGCAGAUUAACAUCAAAUGUACACAUAAAACAAAAAAAAUUCUGAAAACUGGUGUUUUACUUUAAAUAUAAUUACAAAAUAAGGAAAUUAAAGAACAGCACAAAUGUAUAAAUUACAGUUUUAGGCACAGUGCUUUGCUAAAUUUUCAUUGUAGAUAAAUGAUGGAGAGAAACUCAGAUUUCAAGUCAACCUAAAAGCAUCUAGGAAUCAACGAAUCAGGACCCUUUUCAAGAUGUAGAUGAGUUUGUUUCUUCAUGGGAACACAUUAUU